AUGGAGUUGCCAUACGAUCUUUGGUCAUUAUCCCCGGAAAUUUCUGAGGAAACACUUUCUUUUCACUACCUUAAGCAUCAUGCAGGUUAUGUCAAGAAACUUAACGAGUUAAUUAAGACUUCUAAUGGACAAGUGUAUAACAUGGCAGCUCAAGUGUGGAAUCAUGACUUUUACUGGAAUGGACUUACACCGUAUGGUGGAGAACUUACAAAUUUUGUCGAAUCUAUGAUAACAGAGUCAUUUGGAUCAUAUUCAAAUUUUACUCAAGAGCUAACAAAAAUGGUUACACAACACUUUGGUAGCGGAUGGAUUUGGUUACUCUAUGAAGAAUCUAAAAAUCCUCCUCUAAGGUUAAUUGCUACGCAAGAUGCAGAAAAUCCCAUUCGACUAUUAAAUGUACACCCGGUAUUGGUUAUAGAUGUUUGGGAACACGCGUACUACAUAGAUUAUAGGAAUGACCGUAAAGCCUAUGUCAACGGGUGGCUGAAAAAAGUCAACUGGAAACGUGUAGAAACGUUGAUUAAUAAUUCUAGGGAACAAACAUUUUGA